CUCCCGCGGCGGGGGAUAAAGGCACCUGGCCGGGCGCUGGGCGCCGGCGGAGCGGGGAAGGCGGCGGGCAGGGUCAGCGGCCGAGCGGAGCGGGGGUCGGGCCCCGCCGCGCAGCCCCCUCCAUGCGCCUGGCCAGCGGCGCCGGCUCCCCCCGGGCGGCUCCUUCGCCCGGGAACGGCAGCCGGUGGCGGGCGGCGGAGCCCGACGGCGGCGGGAGCAGCCCCAGCCCCGAGGCGUGGUCGGGGUCCCCCAACGGCAGCCUGGGGGGCUGGGACCCCUUCGGGCGGGACGAGGAGCUGGCGAAGCUGGAGAUCGCCGUGCUGGCCGUCACCUUCGCCGUGGCGGUGGUGGGCAACGGCAGCGUGCUGCUGGCCCUGCGGCGCACGCCGCGCAAGGCGUCCCGCAUGCACCUCUUCAUCCGCCACCUCAGCCUGGCCGACCUGGUGGUGGCCUUCUUCCAGGUGCUGCCCCAGCUCUGCUGGGAAGUCACCCACCGCUUCCACGGCCCCGACGGGCUCUGCCGGGUCGUCAAACACCUGCAGGUCUUCGGCAUGUUCGCCUCGGCGUACAUGCUGGUGGCCAUGACCGCCGACCGCUACAUCGCCGUCUGCCACCCGCUGAAGACGCUGCAGCAGCCCACCAAGCGCUCCUACGGGAUGAUCGCGGCCGCCUGGGCGCUCAGCCUGCUCCUCAGCACCCCGCAGUACUUCAUCUUCUCCCUCAGCGAGGUGGAGCGCGGCUCGCAGGUCUACGACUGCUGGGCGCACUUCAUCAUGCCCUGGGGAGCCCGCGCCUACAUCACCUGGAUCACCGGCGGCAUCUUCGUCGCGCCCGUCCUCAUCCUCGUCACCUGCUACGGCUUCAUCUGUUACCACAUCUGGCGCAACGUCAGGGGCAAGACGCGCCCGGGGGAGGCGGCGGCGGCGGCGGCGGGCGGGGGGCGGCGGGCGGGCGGCGGCGGCCCGCGGCGGGGGCUGCUGCUCGCCCCCUGUGUCAGCAGCGUCAAGACCAUCUCCCGCGCCAAGAUCCGCACCGUCAAGAUGACCUUCGUCAUCGUCUCGGCGUACGUCGUCUGCUGGGCGCCCUUCUUCACCAUCCAGAUGUGGUCCGUCUGGGACCAGCGGUUCCCCUGGGUCGAUUCUGAAAACACUGCAACUACCGUCACGGCUCUGUUGGCCAGUCUGAACAGUUGCUGUAACCCGUGGAUCUACAUGUUCUUCAGCGGGCAUCUCCUGCAAGACUGCAUACAGAGCUUCCCUUGCUGCCAAAAAAUAAAGCAAACGCUGAGUAAAGAAGAUUCAAACAGCAACAGCAGGCGACAGACUUCUUUUACCAACAACAGAAGUCCAACACACAGCUCGAACACCUGGAGAGAGUCGCCCCACUCCAAAUCGACCAGCUUCAUUCCCAUUUCAACCUGAGGCAGGCCAUGGGGCAGGCAGGGCUUGCAGCCUCAUAACAGCACUUGGGAAGGUUAUGGCGUAGCACUUUACACUGGUCAAAGGCACCAGUCAUGGUAACGAGGAAUGACUAAGGUGGCCAUAAGACAAAAUGUGCCGCAUUGCUUGAUAAGCUGUUCUGCAGUGUAUAAAUUAUUUCCUGAAAGAUAUUUAGGACUUGGGCAACUGAUCUGGAUUGCAAGACAACAAUAAAGCAAUUAUUUUUCUAAAUAGAAUUUAUUAUUUUAAAUCUUUUUUGUUUUGAAAAUACUAAGUGCAUUGUUUGCUUGUUGUUCAAAGCAGUAAAAAAAAGAGUUGGUGUGUGUUGGGGUAAUUCCGCUCUUUAGUGUUAAUGCCUAAAACUUCUCAUGAUUGUCUGACGAAGUCACAGGGUGGGAAGAUGAUAUGACCAAGAUCACAAUUUAGUCUUAAACGCUAAAAGAAAAUAGUUGGGAAAAAGCCCUGACUGUCCAGAUACGGAACAUGGUUAGACAGGCUCUGAGUUAUUGGGAAUUUAAUUGAUCAUACUGCUUUAUCUUGCAAAGGUCUAGCAAUUUUCAGUUAAUGAAAUUUAACAGCCCUUGUAAAGGCAAAUCCUUCAGUGCUGUCGAUGUCUGUAUGUGUAUUGUGGGUUUUCAUUUUUAGGGUGACAUUUCCUCUUCCCUUCAUGUUGGUGGAAGUUAUACAACAUAUUUUUUUGUGUGUUGUUGCACCUACCUUGAUUUUUUUAAACUAAUUUUUAAAAUAUAUUGAUAAAUAAGCAUGCUCAGCUAUGACUAGCUCAGCCCUGUUACAAACAGGUACACCAAGAAAACUCAUCAUGAUGACCAGAGCUACUUGCUUUAUGGGUAAGAAUUUCAUCUUUUCCUUUUUCUUCACUAAGACGGCUAGGAUCAAGUCACAUUUGGUUGUCAAGCAAAUAGCCCUAUAAAUUCAGGAGAAUGUGGCUGUUUGGUAAGAGCAGAAGAAUCAGUAUAUUCCAAGACACAGAUGUGAGAAUCAAACUUAAAAGUCUUCUGGGAACAUAUAAAAAUUGUCAGUGUUUUUGGUUUGGGGUUUUUUUUUUGGCAGAUAAUGACAAUGCAGUCUUUGAAAUUGGCCGUAAACUGUAAUUAGAAGUCAUCACAACACAUUUGCUGACUAUCAAGCAUUCAAGGUGUGCUUGUUUCACUUCAGUCCAUGCCAAGUCAAAUAUAGUUCCUACAGCUUGUAACUAAUCCUGGUAUGUCUUUCUAUGGAGCCUGCCUUUUACCUGGAAUCGUGUUUUGAAGCUCCCUGAAUAAGUUCUGCUGUAGUUUUAAAGUCCUGAGGAUCUCUUUGAGAAGCACAGCUACCUAUCCACUCCAUUUUCCUGAGCUCUCUGGAUCCUGAAAUCCAUGUGUUCCCCUGGCAGUACCCAGGACUUCUGAUGCAGUCCCAGCUGGCUUGCUGGAGCACUGGGACACAUGCACGGCUGCACCACAUGCAUGCUUCUGCUUGCAAGGAAGAAACUCAGCAGCAGGUUUCUCUCUUUCCCACCAAAACCAGGCAAACAAGAUUACUUUUCUAAUUGCUUGAGGAGAAAAAAAAACCCCGGGGCCACACUGGGGCUUUCACUGAGGAUGGUGCUGGCCCUGUGCCAGUCACAAUAAUGGUAGCAGAAAUUAAUAGAUCUAGAUGCAGGAUAAGAUCAUAUUCAAACUGUUGUCCUCUCCAGAAGCUCCCAGACGUAUUAAUGACUAUUCCAGGCAAAGAAUAGGGAAGAUUAUAGCUCAAAAAUAAACCAAUUUAGAUUUUGUUGUCACUAAAUAAAAUCUUGGCUCUUCCCCCUACAUUCUUGUUAUCAUUUUCUGCUCUUCGGGAGGGCAAUCUGGUCUAAAGUUUUGUUGUUGUUCAAAACACUAGAACCCAAAGGACAGCAUAGUGGAAUGGCUUAUGUUUAACAGACUAUCUUUUUGACCACCUUUAGCGCACAGAUGUGACUACAGCUCUCACCAGUCCUGUGUGAAGGUUUGUGAAGCUGAAGUUAUAUUUUAAUGCAAACAAAUGCAUGCAGUGGCGCUGGCUGUGUGUGUGUAUUUGUGCACAUUGUAUGUACAGCAUAUAUUUCGCAAGUAGGUAAUUCACAGUUACUGAAAUUGCAAGUGUUUCAAGUUAAGUACACUAUCCUUUGCCUAGUUUUCUAUUUGUGUUACUACUUUCUUUGUACAUAAAAUAUAUAUUAAAAAGCACUUAGCUGUACUAACAGAAUUUUCAUGUUUGUGGAAUUAAAUUAUUUUUCUAUGACACUUUCUAUUCAAGCAGAGAAGAUGACAAGAAAACAAAUGUAGAACAAUGUUGAUAAUAAAACUAAGCUGGGAAAUGACCAAUAUAUAUAAAAAAGUAAACAGUAAUUUGCAGUUUCUUCCGAAUAUGUUACAAAAUCUAGGCUUACACUCGGGACUUGUCAGCAUAAAUGUACCCUGUGAGUGUUCUGCUGUUUCUGUAAUUAAAUUGACAACACUAUUCAGCAGCAUUUGGAUUCCAGGCAUUUUUUUUCAAAUACUGAGUUUUGUGUUUUCACGUAAUUGUAAUGUUGGGAUAUACAGCCCAUAUUUCUAAUUGUUCACCUGUGGAGAUGAGGGGUCUUUUAACAGCUGCUUUGGGUUUUCAU